AUGUCAAAAAAUCAAGAUAUCGUGGCGGCUUCUCAAUCAGAGGCCCGCCAUGUCGAGGACAACGCCAAAGGGGGAGAGGACUUCAUCGAGGACUCAACCCCCGGCCUCUUCCUCAACCUCUGCGUCCUCGCAACCGCCAUUGGAGGCAUGCUCUUCGGCUACGACACUGGCGUCAUUUCCGGUGUUCUCGUAGUCCUCGGGGAUGACCUCGAUGGACGAUUCAUGAGCCAUGGAGAGAAGGAGCUUAUCACCUCUCUUUGUGCUGCUGGUGCCCUGUUUGGUGCUAUCAUCGCUGGAGUUACGGCUGAUAAGUAUGGACGUAAGCCUGCCAUCUGGUUUGCAUCGGUACUUUUCACCCUGGGCGCUGUUGUGCAAGCAUCGUCGUACUCUCUCGUUCAAAUGUGUGUUGGCAGAGUUCUUGUUGGUCUAGGCGUCGGUUCAGCCUCAAUGAUUAUCCCUCUAUACAUCGCAGAAAUUGCACCUGCUAAGUACCGCGGCCGAAUGAUCUCAAUCGACAUGGUCUUCCUUGCGACCGGUUCCCUCCUGGCGUAUGCCUUCGAUGCGGCCUUUUAUAAAGUCCCCCACGGAUGGCGAUACAUGGUUGGACUGGGCGGUAUUCCCUCAGUUCUUCUUGGAGUACUACUCUUUUGGUGCCCGGAAUCGCCACGACAGUUGAUCUUCCAUAACCGAACAGACGAAUGCUUGCAUGUCCUCAGACGCAUGUAUCCCACCGCCAACGAAGCUCAAGUCCACCAGAUGAUGGCCCACAUCCAAUAUGGCGUCACACAAGCAAAAGCUCUUAACGAGGAGGUCUCAGUUCGCCAAUCUCUCAAGAGUCUUUUCACUGUUCCUGCAAACCGCCGGGCUGCCAUUGUCGCCUGCGGUCUUAUGGCUACUCAGCAGCUCUGCGGCUUCAAUACCAUGAUGUACUACUCCAGCACUCUCUUCCAGAUUGUCGGCUUCAACAACCCCAUUGCUGUCGGAACAAUUGUCACCGCCACAAACUGGAUCUUUACCUUCCUUUCCGUCUUUCUUAUCGACAGGGUUGGACGUCGCAGACUCUUGCUCUGGACAAUGUGGGGAAUGCCGGUGUUCCUAGUACUAGCAGCUGCAGUCUUCACCAAAAUUCCCAUCGACCGAAACACCCUGGAGCUCACUGACGAUAAGAUUGGAUGGCCUGCCAUUGUCGUUCUAGUUUCCAUGAUCCUCUUUGUUGCCAGCUACGCUGCUGGUCUGGGCUGUGUACCAUGGCAAGCAAAUGAGUUCCUCCCAAUGGAGGUUCGUGCUAUGGGUACCAUGAUGAUCAACAUCUGCAACUGGGGUCCCAAUAUCAUCGUGUCGUCUACCUUCCUGUCAAUGAUGCGGGGAAUCUCUCCGUCUGGAACCUUUGGAUUUUAUGCUGCUCUUUCCUUCAUUGGUCUUGUUUUUGUGUACUUCUGUUACCCCGAGGCUGCUGGAAUGACCUUGGAGGAGGUGCGUGUCGUAUUUGAACACGGCUUCGGUGUUCGCUAUGCAGAGGAGUGGCGCAAGCAGAGAAAGUUGGGAAACAUCACCCAUGGGGUGAAUGAGACUACCAAGGAUGUUGUUUGA